GUGCUUCGCCAGUUUGUAAGACAUGAGUCUGAUACAGUUGGCUCAUUGGUACUCGAAAGAUCCAUGAAUCGUGUUCAGUUACUUGGUCGGGUUGGACAGGACCCUAUCAUGAGGCAAGUGGAAGGAAAGAAUCCCGUUACCAUAUUUUCUCUUGCAACCAACGAGAUGUGGCGAACAGGGGAAAGUGAGGUAACCCAGGGAGGUGAUAUCAGUCAGAAGACGACAUGGCACAGGAUCUCUGUCUUCAGACCAGGCCUCAGGGAUGUUACAUAUCAGUAUGUGAAGAAGGGCUCUCGACUCUAUGUUGAAGGGAAGAUAGACUAUGGUGAAUACACAGAUAAAAACAAUGUGAGGCGGCAGGCCACAACAAUUAUAGCAGAUAAUGUAAUUUUUCUGAGUGAUGGUGGUAUGAAAGACAAGGUGUGAGGUCAUUAGUGCUUGGACCCAGGCCAUUUCAUUCCUUUUGUUUUACAAUGCUUCAUAAUUCUGUAAUCAUGUAUGUUGCUGUAGUUUCUUUAAAAAAUAAAUAAAGUGUUUGAUAUCU